ACGGAUAAUCCGUAAUCUGUGGAUGAAACCUAACCUAUUUCCAAAUAAUACAAUGAAUAAUAAUAUUUACAUCUAUAAAAAUGAAUUCUGAUAAGAAAAUAUCCUUUGGCUUCAGUAAACUAUCUAAAAAGACAAAUGUACUUUUUAAUCCACCGAAAAAAAAUGAAUCUGUAGAGUUAAUAGAUUGCUUGGAAGGUGCAGAAAUAAAAGUAAAAAAUGCAAUCGAAAAAGUUGAAGAAUCUCCUCUGAUUAUACCUAUCAGAGGAAAUGCGAACAAUAUAGUCAGUCAAAUCGAACGUGCAAGUCAGAAGAGUAAAAAAAUUAAAACAGAAAAAAGCGAUGAAGAUUUACGGCCAGACUCUGAACUGACAAUUGAGGAAUUAGCGGCAAGGCAGCUUUUAAGAGAGGCGCGAAACAAAUUAGCACAGGAUAAAGAUACUACAAAGGUACAUUCAUUGCCCCUUGACGUAACUGAAACUAUUCAAGAAGGUGUAGAACCAUCUAUGGAAGAUUAUGACAAUGUUCCAAUUGAAGAUUUUGGAUUAGCCUGUUUAAGAGGUAUGGGUUGGAAAGAAGGAAUGUUUUGUGGAAAAAAUCAAACCAAAUCAAUCAAUAAACCUCCUGAACCUGAUCUUAGACCCAAAGGUCUAGGCUUAGGGGCACAAAAAAUUGUAGAGGUAGAAACUAAAGACGUCUUCGACAAAAAUGGUAAAAAACUUGUUCUUGCCAAAGGAGCUUAUGGCAAAAUAACUGCUGGUUCGCACAUAGGCAAAUUUUGUGAAGUUCAAUUUUGUGAUGAAUGGUCAGGAAGAGUGGUUGUGAAAAUAAGUAAUGAUAAUGAAAUUGUAACCAUAAAUCAACUAUUCAUUGUACCAAUAAGUAAAGAUGAUUUUGUCUGUGGAUCGAAGAUUAUCAAUAAUGCAAAGUAUGAGCAAUAUAAACAAAUAGAAGAAAAUAAAGGUUCUUCAAAAGACAACAAUUCAAUUACUGAAAGAAAACAUUCUUCAGGGAAAAAGUAUGCAUCUAAUGACUCACAAAUAUUAAAAAAAGAGAAAAUAUUGUCAGAAGAAUCACCUGACAAUUACAAAGUGAAAAUUGAACAUGAUAAGUCUGUUGAAUUUGUUAAAAUGGAAAAAGUUUGUGAUGAUGAACUUGAAAGAAAAAAUAAUGAAAUGAGAACUACAAAAGAUUCAAGUUAUCCGAAAGAGUCAAAGAAAAGUCAUAAAGAAAAGAGAGAUAAAUACAGUAGACGAAAUAAAGAUAAAUCACUUCAUUAUAACAGAGAAUCUUCAGAAGAAUAUGUUAAAAAGUCAAAGAAAAAAUACAGAUCAAGUAGCAGUGACUCAUCAGAACCAUAUAAAAGAAGGGAAAACAAAAGGUAUGAGAGAAGCCGAUCAAGAGACCGCCAUGAAUAUUAUGAAAAGAAAAAAUCACAAAAAAAGAAUAGAAGUGCAUCAGAGGAUUCAUCGGAAAAAUGUGACAAAAACAAAUCAAAUUCAAGAAAUAGAAGCAAAGUAAGGAGCUCUUCAGAAGAAUGUGACAAUAGAUUACAAUAUACGAAAGAAAAAAGAAGAAGUGAAAAAGAAUAUUCCAGAUAUUCAGAUGAUGAUUAUAAGACGAAGUAUACUAAAAAAGAAAAAUCUAAAGAAGAAAAAUAUGAAAGAAAACAUAAAAGUAAAAAAAAUAAAAAAUCUAGGAAAGAUAGUUCUUCCGAUUCAGAUUAUGAAAAAGAAAAAUUGAAAAAGAAUGAUGACAUUUUAAAAUUUUAUGCUAAGCAUAAAUCUAGAUAUUAAGAAUCAAAAAAAUUUAGGAGUCUUGAUAUAUUGUUUUUGUUUAUCAGCUACAUUUUAGCAUAUCACAUUUUCUUAAUUUUUCCAAAAGUUUUUAGAUUUAUUUCAACAUACUGUUUUGUAUAUUAUUCAGUAAACAAUUACAAUUGAUUCUACAUUUCCUUAUUUAUAAAUCAAAUUCAUUUGCUAAGUAAUUUUACAUUAUUCAGAAUAAGUUUUCCCUAGAAUAUUUUGAAAAUGGAAACCAAGAAACUUUCUUUAGAAAACAUACAAAUUGUUAAAAAUAUUUUUGAUAGGUAAAUAAAAUAAUAGGAGAAUUUUAUUUCUCAGAAUUUAAAAAUAUUUUAGGUGGUGUUAGGCGUGAAUUUAUAUUCGAAAAUUCAUUAUAUCAUGUCAGAAUUCAUUGUAAAUAAACCAAUAUAACCUUCAAAAAUGUUUAAUUUAAAAGUAAUAAACAAUUUUUCAAUGCAUAUUAUGCGUAUUUAUUCAAAGCCUAUUUAUGAGUAAAUACAUGAACAAAAAUACUGAAAUAACGGAAAUAUAGUAUUGGAAUAAACUCAUUUAUUGUUAUUAUUUCUUGUCAUCUAUAUUUUUCAUCAGAAAUUAUACAAAUUACAAAAAUUAAAAUUUUUCGAGUUCAAUUAAUUAUUCGAAUUCGAAAAAGGUUACAAAUCACCUUAGCGAUCUAUAAUAAAAAAAUGUUUAUGCAUCCCAUGCUAGACCUUAUUCUACAUCACAUUUGUAGAAAUAAACGGAGUGUAGAAAUCGAAUGUCAUAUUCGAUAUAUUUUUCAGUACGGAACAUUUCGAAUAUAACUUUCGCUUUCUUUUGAAAGGAACAAUUUAUCAAAAUAGACAUUUAGAUACAAAAGAGGAAAAGUAUUUUUCUCCUGCGAUAUAUCUAGUUUUUUCUACUACCUUUAAGGUAGUCAGGUAGGAAAAUGGUACUUCUCCUCCCCUCUUUAUGUGUCGAAAAUGAAGUUUUUCAAUGAAGUAGAAAAAACAUAUUUAUAAUUUUUGACUUUGAAUGAGAAUAAUUUUCAUAAAGUAGGUAUAUUGUUUAGUAAUCACCUAUUUGUGUUGUUCUAUUAUUUGUAUUGAUUUGUAAUAAUUUGACAAACAAAUGAAUUUUAUUGAUAGAAGAAUGAAAAAGCGUUUUUAAAAACAAUUUUAAUGUUUGAAUAGAUUCAUAGAAUCAGUUAUGUUUAUUGUAUUUCAUUCCUUAAUUUCAUUAUACCUACUUAAUUUAGCUAUUAAGUUCAAUUCAACUCACCUAUCAAUUUGAUCAUAUAGUAAAAUCAAAAUCUUUAGAAUAAUUGAAUCCAGAUAAUAGAGGUAUAUUUUUUAAAAGAUAGUUUAUGAAGAAGAGUAUUCAAUAAGUUUUUAUUACUGUUCAAAAUACAAUAUUACAAUAAAUAUUUGGAGGAUUGAGCUCUUUCUCUCCUUCAGUUCUUGACUACUCCAAAUCUUGAUUUUUAUGGACCUUAUCUCUCCAAGGAUCUGUUAUGAUACAUUUAUUUAUCCUGAAAAAUACAUAUUGCAACAUUA